AGGUGCUGCAGGAUCACUGCUGGAUGUGAGGAGAGAUGGCUUUGAUCUUGGCCCGGCCCCUGAUUUUCCCUGUAUUCUUCUUCCUGGGUUCUUUCUCCUUAAGCUGUGCUUCAACAGAGGGCAACGUUUUUCAUUUUGACACUGAAGGGGGCUCAGCAGUCGGUAGCCAAGAAGACAGCCUUAUCAGAGGGAAGCAACAAUCUGUCUCGUUUAGAAGUUGGCCGCGUUUUCCUGAGAGAUGCCAAGAAGGAUUUUUCCUAACGCUUUCAGGAGAAUGCAGCCCUUGUAAUUGCAACAACAAUGCAUACAAGUGCCUUGAUGGCUCUGGAGUUUGUCUGGAUUGUCAAAGAAACACAACUGGGGACCAUUGUGAACGAUGUCCAGAUGGCUACCUGGGAGAUGUUACCAGGGGUGCACCCAGUUUCUGCCAUCCCUGCCCUUGUCCCUUGCCACGUGUUGCCAACUUUGCAGUCUCCUGUUACAGAAAAAAUGGAGUGGUGCGCUGUAUGUGCAAAGAAAAUUAUGCAGGGCCAAACUGUGAAAGGUGUGCCCCCGGUUACUAUGGAAGCCCCUUGGUGAUUGGCAGCUCCUGUAAAAAAUGUGACUGCAGUGGCAACUCGGAUCCUAACCUGAUCUUUGAAGAUUGUGAUGACGUGACAGGCCAAUGUCGCAACUGCUUGCGCAACACCACAGGGUUCAAUUGUGAACUAUGCGCUCCUGGUUAUUAUGGGGAUGCCAGAAUAGCUAGAAAGUGUACAGCAUGCAACUGCAGAGGAGGACCUUGUGACCGCCGAACAGGGCAAUGUCUAGCAGAACCUCCAAUGUCACCUCCAGGCACAGAUUGCCCUCUUAUCAGCUGUGACAAAUGCAUCUGGGAUUUGACUAAUGAUCUGGGUUUGGCAGAUCAGUCCAUUGAUGAAAGCAAAGCGACUCUGCUGAGCAUCUCCACUGGGGUUGCUGCUCACAGACACCUGCAUGACCUCAACUCCACUGCUUUUGUCCUCAAGGCAAAAUUGUCAGAGAAGGAUAAUCAUUCUGUAGUGAUGAAGAGCCAGAUUGAUAAUGCUGCGAACGAAGUGACUGAGCUUCUCAAAGGAAUCAAUGCACUUGAUGAAAAGAGAAAUCAAGAAUCAAGCAAAGGCCUACUGGUACAGAAGGAAACCAUGGCGACCACUGACCGUGCUACUACUCUUGUACAAGUACUUGGAAAUGUGAUAGAUAACAUCCAAGAAAUCAGUAGCAAGGUGGAAUACUAUGGCAUUGAGCAUGACCUGAGGCCUGAGGAUAUCACUGAGAAGCUCAAGGCAGCAGAACAGAUGCUGAAGGACCUGAGACUACGCAAGCCAUUCACCAUUCAGAUGCAACUUGCUGGCGAGGAGUCAGAUGCAGCCAAGGAGUUGUUAGAAAAAGCUGAAAAGUGGCAGCGGACACACAAUGAAACCAGAUCUCUGAUUCCUGAUAUAUUGGACCAACUUGGGGAGCACAACGGCAAUCUCGCAGACUUGCAAGAGGCCCUGGACCAAGCUCUUGAUUCCAUCAGAAAAACAGAAGUAAUAAAUAAGGAAAGCACUGCUAAAUUCCAAGAGCAGGAGAAGCAACAAGAAAUAUUGGAAGAGCAGAUUAAUGAUGUUAACAGUACUCUGCUGAUUGCCAGAGAUAUUUUAAAUGGAGCACAUCAAAUCAACUUUGAGCUGAAUGAGGCAAUACAAAAUGCAUCCAGCUUCUAUGCAGAAAUAGAUGGAGCUAAAAUACUCCUACAAGACAAACUGGCCAACCUCUCAAGAUUCGAUGACGCUCUGGUGCAGAGGGCCAUGGACUAUGCACAGGAGCUCCGUGUUCUUGCGGAUGACCUAGACAGGUCAUUGCAUGGUGUUGAUACGAAUGGAUUAGUACAAAAAGCAUUAAAUGCUUCCAAUGUCCACGAAAAUAUCAUUAAUUACGUUCAAGAAGCCCAUCAGAUGUCUGUGUUGGCAUUAAACACUACAGAGCGAGUCAGCGAUGCUGUUGUUGGAAUUGACACUCAGAUCACUUACCAUAAAGAAGAAAGCAAAAAGCUUCUCCAUCAAGCCAGAGAACAGCAACAGACGGCAGAUGCUAAUGAUUUAGCUGUUGCCGACACAGGUCGACGUGUUAAUGGGACUCUUGCCAGGAAGAAUAAUUUUAAAGCCCGUUUGAUGAAAGUCAUUACCAAAAUACAGAUGUCAGAGCAAGAUAAAACCAGAGAGCGUUUGGACCAGUUGAAAGUCAUUACUGAUCAAGCUCUAAAUACAGCUGCAGUAGUAACCCACACUACUGGGUCCAUGGCUGAGAAUCUGACCAAAUGGUCCCAAGAUCUGAGGAACAUUAAACCUGAAAGAGCAGCUUAUGAACGUGCUACCGUCACAACAAGGGAGACAGUGAAGAGUCUCACAGAAGUCCUUCCACGGCUUCUGGAUAAGCUGCGGACUGUAGAACAGAAGUGGCCAGCAAACAAUGUCUCAGCCAGCAUCCAGAGGGUCAGAGAGCUCAUUGCACAGACAAGGAGUGUCGCAAAGAAGGUUCAAGUCUCGAUGUCAUUUGAAGGUCAGUCAGCUGUUGAAGUCAAUCCCCAAACAAACAUGGAAGACUUAAAGGCUUUCACAUCUUUGAGUUUAUACAUGCUGCUUCACAAGGGCAACACACAGCAGGCAGCACCUCAGGAUCAGUUCAUUCUGUAUCUAGGAAGCAAAAAUACAAAAAAUUAUCUGGGUCUAGCGAUUAAGAAUGACAACCUGGUAUACAUUUACAAUUUGGGUGGCGGCGAUAUGGAGAUACCGCUAGACUCCAAGCCAGUGAGUUCUUGGCCAGCAUACUUCAGCCUUGUUAAAAUAGAAAGGAUUGGGAAGCAUGGCAAAGUGUUUCUCACUGUACCAAGUCUCAGCAGCACGGCUGAGGAAAAGUUCAUCAAAAAAGGAGAGGUCCCUGGUGAUGAUUCUCUGUUGGAUCUGGAACCUAAAAAUACAGUUUUCUAUGUUGGAGGAGUGCCACAACAUUUUAAGCUCCCUCCAAGUUUGGACCUGCCUGGCUUCAUUGGCUGCUUGGAGCUUGCUACAUUGAAUGAUGAUGUAAUCAGUUUGUACAAUUUCAGAAAUAUCUACAACAUCACCAAAUCUGUACCCUGUGCCAGAGAUAAGCUGGCCUUUACACAGAGCCGGGCUGUGAAUUAUUUCUUCGAUGGCUCUGGCUAUGCUUUGCUGAGGAAUAUUGAGAGAAGAGGGAAGUUUGCCCAGGUGACUCGUUUUGAUAUAGAAGUUCGAACACCAACAGAUAAUGGACUCCUACUCCUGAUGGUUAAUGGGAGUAUGUUUUUCAGCCUAGAGAUGCAGAAUGGAUACUUAUAUCUACAGUAUGAUUUUGGCUUCGCCAGUGGCCCUGUGAUCCUAGAAGAUUCAAUGAAAAAGGCUCUGAUUAAUGAUGCCAAAUUCCAUGAGAUAUCCGUUAUAUACCAUAAUUCCAAGAAAAUGAUCUUAGUCGUGGAUAAGAGACAUGUAAAAAGUAUGGAAAAUGAGAAGAAAAGCAUGCCAUUUACUGAUGUCUAUAUAGGAGGAGCUCCUACUGAGAUUUUAACAUCUAGCGGUGUCAGUUCACACCUGGCCAUCAGUACCAGUUUUAGGGGUUGUAUGAAAGGGUUCCAAUUCCAGAAGAAGGACUUCAACUUGUUAGAGGAGCCAGGAACCCUGGGAAUUGGCUAUGGCUGUCCAGAAGAAUCACUUAUGUCCCGGAAAGCAUAUUUCAAUGGAGAAAGCUACAUUGCAUCCAGCCAGAAAAUCUCCCCUUUUCAUGGUUUUGAAGGUGGUUUUAAUUUCCGAACUUUACAGCCCAAUGGACUGCUUUUUUAUUGUGCUGAAGGAUCAGAUGAGUUCUCCAUUUCAAUGGAUAAAGGGACAGUUGUUUUAAAUGCAAAAGGUGUCAAAGUUCAGACAGCAGACAGCUCCUAUAAUGAUGGAAAAGCCCAUUUUGUCAUUACAUCUGUCUCACCAGAAAGGCUUGAGCUUUUGGUAGAUGAAAAAAAGCGGAUCACAGAAAAUUUAGCAAAGGAUGGACUUGCGGAAAAGUCUGUGAGCACCAAGAAAUUCUACUUUGGUGGCUCUCCCGUCAGUACUGAAUUUGCCAACUUUACUGGCUGCAUAAGCAAUGCCUAUUUCAUAAGAUUGGAUCGAGAUGUUGAGGUGGAAGACUUCCAGCGAUACCCUGAGAAAGUCCAAGCGUCCCUUUAUGGAUGUCCUGUUGAAUCUCCUCCAGCUGCCCUUUUCCAUAAGAAAAGAAAAAAUUCCUCCAAAUCCAAAGGAAGCUACAAGAAAGAAAUUGGACAAGACAAUGAAGGACCGUCACAGUUUCCAUCAAGCAUAGACAAAACAGAUCAAGAACUGAGAGUUCAGCGGGAUCCACACUGUCACUUGUCCAACAGCCCCAAAGCAACUGAACAUAUGUACCUGUUUGGAGGAACAGCAAAUAGCCGGCAAGAAUUUGAUUACUUACCAAAGGAUUUCAAUGUAAGAUCUCAGUUCUCCAUUAUGCUAAAGACUCAUUCAUCCCAUGGGAUGAUCUUCUAUGUCUCUGAUCAAGAGGAGGAGAAUUUCAUGGCGCUUUUUAUUGCCCAUGGCCGACUGAUUUUUAUUUUUAAUAGCGGCCACCGAAAAUUAAGAAUUAGAACUCAGGAGAAGUACAAUGAUGACCAAUGGCACAAUGUAAUGUUUGUUCGGGAGAAAAAUACUGGCCGCUUGGUAAUUGAUGGUCUCCGAGUACUAGAAGAGAGACUUUCCUCAUUUGAUAAUACAUGGCGUGUUGAUAGUCCUUUUUAUAUAGGGGGUGUAGCACCAGGAAAAGCUGCCAAAAAUAUCCAGAUUAACUCAGUCUACAGUUUUAGCGGUUGUCUCGGCAGUUUACAGCUUAAUGGAAGGCCAGUCACUUCUCCUUCACAGACAUUUAGUGUAACUCCUUGUUUUGAAGGACCAUCAGAAGAAGGAACAUAUUUUUCAUCAGAAGGAGGAUACAUUAUUCUUGAUGAAUCCUUCAGUUUGGGUCUAAAAUUUGAAGUUAUUUUUGAAAUCCGUCCUCGAAGCAGUUCGGGAAUCCUAAUGCACGCACACAGUGUAAACGGAGAGUUCCUGAACAUGCACAUGAAACAAGGACAGGUUAUUGUGAAGCUGAACAAUGGAAUCAAAGACUUUUCAACUUCAGUUACACCAAAACAGAAUCUUUGUGAUGGCAGAUGGCACAGAAUUGCAGUUAUUAGAGAUGCCAAUGUGGUGCAGCUGGAUGUAGAUUCUGAAGUGAAUCAUGUCGUAGGACCAUUAAAUCCAAGAUCAAUUGACCACAGGGAGCCUGUGUUUGUUGGGGGAGUACCGGAAUCUCUCCUGACAUUCAGCCUAACCACACGAAAUUCCUUCACUGGAUGCAUCCGUAACUUUAUGAUUGAUGAAAGGCCAGUAAGUUUCAGCAAGGCAGCUUUGGUCAGUGGUGCUGUGAGCAUCAACAUUUGUCCUGCCGCCUGAAAAGCUGAUGAACUGCAAAACUGCCAGACCCUGUACAGCAGAAAAGGAAAGCAACAAGAAGCAGCUGUGCCGGGGUCAAUCUUCAGUACCAAAGAAUUAAA